AAUAUGGAAAAGGACACGCUGCGCUCACAGAGUCUCUGCAGCGAGAUCCAGAACCAGCAUUUUCUUCAAGAUGUCAUCUGGGCACGAACUGAACAAGUCCAUCACGAUGUGAAGACCGUGUGACGUGUUCAAUUUCAGUUGUAGAGUCGAAGAAACCAUUCCAGCGAGACAGCUCUCGGCGUCCCUCGACUUCUUCACUUGUAUCCACUUGAAAAGCGCCACAUCUUGCGCAGGUGAAGAUUUCAAAACACUGACCACGAGAGCGACUUGCAACGACUGCUGGAUGCCAGACUGAUCAUCUUUUAAAGGCGAAGUUUGUCACCAUGAGUACCGAAAAGAAAGUGGAGGAUGAGGCUGUCUUGGACAGAGGAGCGUCCUUUGUCAAACAUGUCUGCGAUGAAGGGGAAGUGGAAGGUCACCACACUGUGUACAUUGGUGUGCAUGUUCCCAAGAGCUACCACCGCAGGAGACGCCACAGACGCAAGUCUAGCCACAAGGAGAAGCGGGAGCGAGCGGAACACAGUUCAGAAGGAUACAAGUCGGAUGGGGAGAACGCAGACGAAUGCCCUGCAAGCAUCCUCAAGCCUCUCAUUUCUCCAGCUGAGAGGAUCAGGUUUAUCCUGGGAGAGGAGGACGAUGGCCCCCCACCCCCUCAGCUCUUCACCGAGCUGGACGAGCUCCUGGCUGUGGACGGCCAGGAGAUGGAGUGGACGGAGACAGCCAGAUGGAUCAAGUUUGAGGAGAAGGUGGAGAAGGGUGGCGAGCGCUGGAGCAAGCCUCACGUGGCCACGCUGUCCUUGCACAGCUUGAUGGAACUGAAAGGGUGCAUCGAGAAGGGAACCAUCAUGCUGGACCUGGAGGCCUCCACGCUGCCGCAGGUUGUCGAGAUGAUCACAGACAGCCAGAUUGAGAUUGGUCAAUUGAAGGCGGACAUGAAGGAGAAGGUCAUGUACACGCUGCUACGGAAGCAUCGUCACCAGACCAAGAAGUCUAACUUGCGCUCCCUUGCUGACAUUGGCAAGAGUGUUUCCAGUGCAAGUAGGCUCUUUACCAACCAGGAGAAUGUGCGCACCCCCCCUGAGCAGCACCCUGAGCCUUGUUUAAACCCACACGACCCAGAGAAACCAUGCGAGGUCAUGAGGAGCGCCAGCAUGGGAUACCUCUGUAGCCCGACUACAGCCCACAGAAACCUCACCUCCAACAGCCUGAGUGACUUCUCUGACAAACCAGAGAAGGAUCAGCUGAAGAAUAAGUUCAUGAAAAAAUUGCCCCGUGAUGCAGAGGCAUCAAACGUGCUGGUUGGAGAGGUGGACUUCCUGGAAACUCCCUUUGUGGCGUUUGUUCGUCUGCAACAGGCCGUCAUGCUCGGGGCUCUGACCGAGGUCCCUGUGCCCACAAGAUUUCUCUUUGUCCUGCUGGGUCCCAAAGGUAAAGCAAAGUCCUAUCAUGAAAUUGGAAGAGCCAUUGCCACCCUGAUGUCAGAUGAGGUGUUCCAUGAUAUUGCCUAUAAAGCGAAGGACAGGCAGGACCUGCUGGCCGGUAUCGAGGAGUUCCUGGAUGAGGUCAUAGUGCUGCCGCCCGGAGAGUGGGACCCUGACAUCAGGAUAGAGCCACCCAAGUCUCUGCCCUCCUCAGACAAAAGAAAGCACAUGUAUGCCGGAUCGGAGGCGCCUCAGAUGAACGGCGACACUCCCCAUGAUGCGGGACAUGGGGGGGGAGGAGGACACGAAGUCGGAGAGGAGCUUAUGUUCACUAAAAAGUUUUGUGGAGGUCUUGUCCUGGAUAUCAAGCGGAAGCUGCCGUUUUUUGCCAGCGACUUCUAUGAUGCGCUACAUAUCCAGUCUCUGUCGGCCAUCUUGUUCAUCUAUCUGGGCACAGUCACCAAUGCGAUCACGUUUGGAGGCUUACUUGGUGAUGCUACAGAUAACAUGCAGGGAGUGUUGGAAAGUUUCCUGGGUACGGCACUGACAGGAGCAGUGUUCUGCCUGAUGGCUGGUCAGCCCCUGACGAUUCUCAGCAGCACAGGUCCGGUGCUCGUCUUUGAAAGACUCCUCUUCACCUUCAGCAAAGACAACGAGCUAGACUACCUUGAGUUUCGGCUGUGGAUCGGCCUGUGGUCGGGAGUAUUCUGUCUGGUGCUGGUGGCCACGGAUGCCAGCUUCCUGGUGCAGUACUUCACGCGAUUCACCGAGGAAGGCUUCUCUGCGCUCAUCAGCUUCAUCUUCAUCUACGACGCUUUCAAGAAGAUGAUAAAGCUGGCCCACCACAACCCGAUCAACUCCGAUUACGACCCCAACCUUGUCACUUUUUACGACUGCAGCUGCAUGCCUGCUGGAAACUCCUCACAUCCUCUUGAUGUCUCUGCAUGGACAAACAGUACUGAUCUGUCUGUGAAUGCCACCUGGGCGUCCCUGACCAAGCAGCAGUGUCUGAAGGUUGGGGGGCAGCUGGUGGGAGGGGCCUGUGACUAUGUGCCUGACAUCACCUUGAUGUCCUUAAUGUUGUUCCUUGGGACCUACACCUGCUCCAUGGGUCUGAAGAAGUUCAAGGCGAGCCGCUUCUUCCCCACCACAGUGAGGAAGCUCAUCAGUGACUUUGCGAUCAUCUUGACCAUUCUCCUCUUCUGUGGCGUGGACGCCUUUGUCGGUGUGGACACUCCAAAGCUCAUAGUGCCAAGCGAAUUCAAGCCCACGAGUCCACUGAGGGGCUGGUUUAUUCCUCCUUUUGGAAGGAACCCUUGGUGGGUGUACCUGGCAGCCACAAUCCCCGCUAUACUGGUCACCAUUCUGAUAUUCAUGGACCAGCAGAUCACCGCUGUGAUUGUCAACCGGAAAGAGCACAAACUCAAGAAAGGAGCAGGGUAUCACUUGGACCUGUUAUUGGUUUCCAUCCUGAUAAUCAUCUGCUCUUUCAUGGGCCUGCCAUGGUACGUGGCUGCCACGGUCAUCUCCAUCGCCCACAUUGACUCUCUGAAAAUGGAGACCGAGACGUCGGCCCCCGGGGAGCAGCCUAAAUUCCUGGGUGUCAGGGAGCAAAGAGUCACCGGUAUCUUUGUGUUCCUCCUGACAGGACUCUCUGUCUUCAUGGCCCCGAUCCUAAAGUUCAUUCCCAUGCCUGUGCUCUACGGUGUGUUCCUCUACAUGGGUGUGGCAUCACUCAAUGGCGUCCAGUUCAUGGACCGCCUGCAGCUGCUCCUGAUGCCAGCCAAGCACCAGCCGGACCUGAUCUACCUGCGGCACGUCCCACAGAGACGCAUCCACCUCUUCACCUUCAUCCAGGUCCUGUGUUUGGCCCUCCUCUGGAUCCUGAAGUCCACCGUGGCUGCCAUCAUCUUCCCUGUCAUGAUCUUGGCGUUGGUUGCCGUUCGCAAGGCCAUGGACUGGGUGUUCUCCCAACAUGACCUCAGCUACCUGGACGACGUCAUCCCAGAGAAAGACAAGAAAAAGAAAGAGGAUGAGAAGAAGAAGAAAAACAAGAAGAAGGGAAGCAUAGACAGCGAAAUCGACUUCGAGAUAAACCCCAGAAUUUCCUUAACCCGCAUUCAACGUGCUGAGCACUACUUUGAGUCUCCAACAGUGGCAGAUCUGGACAGGGGUCCACACACAAAAGGCUUGCCUCAGAUUGGAAUAGACAGGGGCUCUAAGGAUAAAGCUUUCUUCUGGAGGAAGGGCUCCGAAUCAGAUCUGUGAAGGAAUUAUCCAAAGAUGCAACAGAACCAGCGCAACAUGGCAAACAUCCUCUUUUGUACUAUUGUACCACUUUGUAACAGUAUUUUUUUUUUUUUUCAAAUAUUCCCUGUGUGAGGAUUUCAGUCAGAAUGGGUGGAAGUAUUUGUCGUACAAUUGAAACACUUUGGUGGUACUGAAUUUAAUGAGGGCUGACACAGGAUAGGUUUGAGCACUCUUCAUCUGCAUGAGUUAUUGCAGAAAACAAAAGGUCUACUUAAGGUCAUCUAUCUGCAGUUUUUAUAGGACAUUAAUAUCUUAUGAAUGUCUAUGCUAAUAAUUUAUAACAAGCAUCCAGCUAAAGAGGUUUUAUCAUAAAAUAUGUCCGGGGUACAGUAAGUUUGUAGAACAAAGAUUUCUUCCAAAUAGCCCCGGACAUAACCAGCCUCUCGCCUGAUAGUACUGUUUUGAAUAUGGUAGUUAUUUUUUAAUGUUCCUUGUGGAGUUUGAAUCACGACUACUGGAAUGUUAAGAUUAAAACAAAGUGGAGGUACUGCAUUUCCUCCUUUUUACUUAUAAUGAACAAAAGGGCUACAAAAGGUCAUCUGUGCACAGUCACAUUAAUUUGAUAUGUAUGGGCAUAUCAAUUAUUUAUCAAGCAUCCAUCUAAGGCUGCAUAUUCACAAAACACAUCCAGAAGAGCGUGUGAGAAUACCAUGUUUGUUUCACUAUGGUAAGAAGUAAAUGGCUCAACCAUACAAACUGGAACUUUUUGGAACAUUUUUGUCAAAUUUUUCCUUUUUCUUAUAUUUAUUAUAUUUAAACUCUCUGCAAAUUAAUUUCCUGUUUUAACCGUAUGGCUUUACCAUUUAACUUCCCCAUUUGUGCAAAUUUGAAGCUAUUCUUUCUGUGGUCUGUUUCCACUAAGCUGUCUUUUCCCUGUUUUAGGGAGGUAUAGAUUAUACCUGGAUGUAGCUCUACCUCUUAAAUUUCUGUAGGUGCCAGGCAUUAUAUAUUAAACAUCUGUUUGUUUGUGAUCAAACACUGAUUUAUGUUACUCCAACUGGCACUGCGUAGGAUCUCUGAAUCUUCACUUUGAGGUCCUUUUUGCUCUGUGACCCUUAAGAUAUUAUAUUUUUUUUUCCCUUCUGUUUGUCUAUAUGAAAUAAUUAGGGAUGAUUUUUGCCGUGUUUUAAAAUGUAAUUCCACAAAAAUCACAUUUUAGAUUUUUAUCCCAAAUUUUUUUUUGAUGUUUCGCAUACAGAAUUUAGGGGGAAAGUGAUGGCCUCUAACAUUCUCACACACUUGACUGUGAACUCAACCCUAAAAGCCUAUUUGAGUUUAACUUUCCUUCUUAAAAUGUGAUCAUGUUUAAAAUCUGAGUACUUUUUUUUUUUUUUUUUUUUUUUAAAUCAUGCUAUGUGUAUGUUUUUGUUUUUUUAAUGCAAAUCAACAAACUAUCACUGUGAGGCAAUGAAAUGUUGUGACUUCCAGUCCUGGAAGAACUACUGCUUUAUAGCAUACAGUUGACAAUUGACAUUUUGAUAAGACACUAUCUUUAAUGUAUCAUUAUCUAAAUUCCAUUUGGUGACAGUUUUAUGUCUUAAAUGUUCCUGUAUUAUUGAAACGACUUGAUCAUGCUUCUAUUGCUCAUUGAAGUACACACUGUAAUUUAAACUGAUUUAGGAUAUGAAUGCAUAUCUGAAUGUAAUAUAUCUCAAUCAUUUGAAAUGCAUAUAUUCCUUGAAGAAAAGGAUGUGCACAAUCAGCGCUGCAUCUGAUCUGAUUUGUAGUGCAAAAAAAGGGCUAUAAUUAAUGCUUUCACAAUCACGUCAAUAUGCUGUCAAGAUGUGAAGCACAAGAAAGUUGUUUUGAACCAAAAAUCCAAAACCACAUUGUCUUCCGCUCUGUUCUGUGAUCUGUACGUCUUGACUUUUUGACUCUUGGGUUCUGAUUCCACAAUCGAUGUAACAUUUUUGAACUCUGAAACCAAUUUUAUACAACAAUCUUAUGUGCUCUAAUUACCAUAGCAAGCAGAUGUCUGUUUUUUUUUAAGGUGUAGUGUUUUGAAUGAGAGCAAUAAAACAGUCCAAAUGAUUCUUAAACACA